AUGUUACAGAGCAAGCUCCCACUCGCAAACCAAGACCACACCGAGCGAGCUUAUCAGCCCGACCGACCGAGCAGCGACUACCACGCGCCCAUAACAACCAACCCGCAACACCCCCCCACCUCCCACGCCAUGCCCGCGCCCGCGCUCUCGCCCAUGACGACGCUGAUAUCGGCGCUGCACGACAUCCUGUCGGGCCUCCUGAUCGCCAUCAUGGCCGGCAUGCUGCUGGUUGUGAUCGUCGUCGCGCUCGACUAUGCCGUCUUCGCGUGGCAGCACGAGGCGCGCGGCGCGCGCGCAGAGCUCAUGACCAACCGUUCGGACGAGGCACAGGUCGACCAUCUCCUCAUUGUGUGCGAUGAGCCGCGGAGGGGCGGGUGGGAGAUGAAGCGGCUUGAGAGGAACGACUUUGAGCCUCUGCCUUGUUAGCGGGGUCACCGAGACGAGACGACAGACGAUCCAACCACGACGACCACGACGACCAAGACGACGCAAAAGCAGAGACUAGAGAGACGGAAGCGGCGCCCCACCACUGUUUGUACAUUGAUAUGCAGAGAUACCCGGCG